CAUAUGCUCGCCUAAAACGAUCGACCCACCCCCAACACUCACUUCCUUAAAACUCAGCCUUAUUUUUGCGGAGUUUCUAAGCGUCUCUCUGACACAGAGAACGUUUAUACCUGUGCAGAAGGCCAAAGUCUUUCAUUUCUGCCGCACAACUAGUGUCAGAAUGCUUUGGUACGGAGGUGCGCUGUUGCUUUUGGGCUGGACCCUGGCCAGCUUCAGCGAGGAUCCUUCCCUGUCACUGGACGCAAAGUGGGAGAGCUGGAAGACAACCUACCAGAAGGAAUACAAUGCCCUGGAUGAAGAAAGAUUUCGAAGGGCCAUCUGGGAGAAGAAUAUGCAGCUGAUAGAAGCCCACAAUCAGGCAUACGAACUGGGACUUCACUCCUAUGAGCUGGGCAUGAACAGCCUGGGAGACAUGACAAGCGAGGAAGUAGCUAUGAAGAUGACUGGGCUGAUAGUGCCACAGAUCACAGAGUCCAACAGCACCUUCCUCCCUGCUGGUGACCUGCAGAAGCUGCCGAAGUCCAUUGACUACCGCAAGAAGGGUUAUGUCACCCCAGUCAGAAACCAGGGUUCCUGCGGCUCCUGCUGGGCUUUCAGCUCCGUGGGCGCCCUGGAGGGCCAGCUAAUGAAGACCACGGGGAAGCUGGUGCCUCUCAGUCCUCAGAACCUGGUGGACUGCGUCACCGAAAACGACGGCUGCGGGGGCGGUUACAUGACCACCUCCUUCAAAUACGUGCAGAGUAACAAUGGCAUUGAUUCUGAGAAGGCCUACCCCUAUGUGGGAGAGGACCAGUCGUGCGCCUACAACGUGUCGGGCAAAGCAGCCAUGUGCCGUGGCUACAAGGAGAUCCCACAGGGGAACGAGAAGGUGCUGCAGGCCGCGGUGGCCCAGGUGGGGCCCGUGUCCGUGGGCAUCGACGCCAGCCUCACCAGCUUUCAGUUCUACAGCAAAGGUGUUUACUAUGACUCAGAAUGCAGCCAAGAAUUGAUCAACCACGCAGUGCUGGCUGUGGGUUAUGGUGUCACCCCCAAGAACAAGAAGUACUGGAUCAUCAAAAACAGCUGGGGGGAAGACUGGGGCAACAAAGGUUACAUCCUGAUGGCUCGGGGCCAUAACAACUCCUGUGGCAUUGCAUCCCUGGCCAGCUACCCCAUCAUGUAACCACUAGGAGGCGCCAAAGAAGUGAAAAGAGUGGGACGAUAGUAGGUGCACCCAAACUACACCAGAGCAUACUAGCCAUAAGGGAUGACUGUUACCUUGCACCAUAUCUGCCUUGUCGUUUCCAUGGUUUCUGUCACAUGUCUUAAACCAUGGCCAUUGAGAUGUUCUGUCCUGUGAUCUGUGUCAUACUACACAUACUCAUACAGAAAAUAUACAUCGGAUAAGUGCAAAGUGCAACUUCAGUAACGUCAGUCAUUCCAGAAUAUUGCACACUUUCUCCACUGUGAUUCAGUCUCAUUUUGUCAUUGUUGUGUACUUUUUAAACAUUAAGACAAAUGACCAUUGCAGUUGUUGAUGUUUGAUCGAUAGAAUAAAAUUAAAUACAUUUUUA